AUGGGUAUUGAUCUCAACCACCACCACGUGCGGAACACGCACCGCAAGGCGCCCAAGAGCGACAAUGUCUACCUCAAGCUCCUGGUCAAGCUCUACCGCUUCCUGGCCCGCCGCACCGACAGCGCGUUCAACAAGGUGGUGCUCCGCCGCCUGUUCACGAGCCGCAUCAACCGGCCGCCCGUGUCGCUGUCGCGCGUCGCCGCGAACCUGCUCAACGGCAACGAGAAGAAGACGGUCGUCAUUGUCGGCACCGUGACCGACGACAACCGCCUGCUCGUCGUGCCCAAGGCCACCAUCGCCGCCCUGCGCUUCACCGCCACCGCCCGCGCCCGCAUCACCGCCGCCGGCGGCCAAGCCAUCACCCUCGACCAGCUCGCCCUCGAGAAGCCCACGGGCGCCAACACCUUGCUGUUCCGCGGCCCCAAGAACUCCCGCGAGGCCGUCAAGCAUUUCGGCUUCGGCCCCCACAAGCACAAAAAGCCCUACGUGCAGUCCAAGGGCCGCAAGUUCGAGAAGGCCCGUGGCCGCAGAAGGUCGCGCGGCUUCAAGGUGUAA